ACCACUGCUCUGAUACUUCUUGAUUGCAUCUAUCGAAUAAAAUGAAUACCCUGGGUGUCACUGUGGUCCUGGGGCUACUGUUAGGGGUUUGGGCUCAUAUAGAGCGACCUCAGUGCGACUCCCCUGAGGCAGAGGAGGCUGCUCUGGCGGCUCAGGAUUACCUCAACGCCCAGCACACUCAUGGCUACAAGUAUGCACUGAACAGAAUCGAGGACAUCAAGGUUUACACUAAGCCUGAUGGAGACAACACAUAUAAGUUGGAUAUUGAACUGCUGGAGACAGACUGUCAUGUCCUGGAUCCCACACCUCUUGCAAACUGCACCGUGAGGCCUAAAAGAAUGACGGCAGUAGAAGGAGACUGUGAUGUGCUGCUGAAGAGGAUUGGCGGAGUGAUGACCGUCACAGCAUUCAAGUGUAAAACAGAAGUAGAAUCUACGGAGGACUUGUGCUUGGGCUGUCAUACCCUCCUUCCCCUAAACGACACUACUGCACUGAACUUUGUCCACACCUCUCUGGCAACCUUCAACAACAUGAACGAAAAUGUCAAGUACGCUGUUAUGGAGGUUGGAAGGAUGUCAUCACAGGUGGUGUCUGGGGGGCCAAUCUAUUUGGCAGAAUAUGUUGUAGUUGAAGCUAACUGCACUGAUGACCCCUGUGUUCCCCAAAAUGACACCAUGGCUGCACGUGGUUUUUGUACCGCCAGAGGUUCUAGCAUUGAUCACUUAGUGGACUGCAAGAUGUUUCCAACUAUGAUGCCUAUUAUAGAUGCCAACAGCACUGUGGCAGAUGUCAACAUCACUGUAGCAGAUACCAUCAUCACUGCAGCUGCCAACAGCACUGCAUUUGCAGAUACCAACAGCACUGCAUUUGCAGAUACCAACAGCACUGCAGCUGCAUCUCCUGCCAUGCCACCGAUGUUCCACAUACACACAGGCAGCCUGUCACCCAAGCUUGGUCUGAAGUACCACAAACUGACUACUCUCCAUGACCCUGAGCCAAGUGGCUUCCUGUCCUCAGAAUCUGCAGAGUCAUCCGAAGUUGUACCUGUAGCCCCGGCAGUGGUUGAUGCUGCUGCACCUGCGGCUGAUCCCGCUGUCGAUGCUGCUCCAGUUGCUGACGCUGGAUCGGACUCAGAUUCCUCAAACAGUGCUGAGGUCCCUGUUGUGAAAAUAGAUGUACCUGUUGCAGCUGCCCCCGCAGUGGUAGACCCCAUUGUUGUUGUGCCUGUGUGCCCAGGAAGGAAAAUAUUCUUUUAAGAGUUAAGGUCCUACAGACUCUGUACUUGCUUCUUUCAGCUACACUGGCACUAAAAUAAUGUAUGACUAAUGUGGUUACGAAGAAUAAUCCAUUAUAGAGUGAAACUAAUUCAUUGUAAAAUGUGCCUAAAAUCAAAUGUAUACAUACUUGUAUUGGAUGCUGAAUAAAAUGUCCCAAGUCAAA